AUGUCUUCUCCGAUUAGUUCGUCUUCGGAAUAUAACAGCGCGCUGGAUCAAACGUUCAAUUCCUCACUCGGUUCGGAUAAGAUGAACAAUUCCGAUUUGAGCAACAGUGAUAUUGAAAACGUGAACCUUACUGGCGAUUGGAAUGAAACGCUCCGUGCAAAGCAGAAGAAAAAUGCAAAGGAUUCCACUCAGCAGCUUCUGGACAGUUUGCGGAACAACAACUUCGACCAGACGGGUGAUACGAUAGGAGAUGCGAGCGCGCUUAAUAGUACGGCCAGCACGCUCAGCUUGGAUCUGAGCGCUGCCGGUGAGUUGUCCGAUACGAUCAACAAUGUGACACUUUCGUUCGUGAGCUCAUCGGAGGAGGACGGCGAAGUGCUGACUGCCAGCACGCCCCGAGCUCCGGAUGUAAGCGUUAAUAUGUCGCAGUCCGACACGUCCACUACCACCACCCAGGGCGAGAAGGAUUCGCAUGACACCACGGCUAAUGUGUCUCAACUGCCAGCCGAAAGUGGUAGUGAUUCGGCCAUUCCGCUUUAUGCAACACUCGAAGAGUUUGAUCGAAAUCUUCCGGAGACGGUGACGCUGCUAACAAAACCGGACGGUACGAAGGUAUAUUUGGUUGGGACGGCACACUUCAGUGAAAGUUCCCAGCGAGACGUUUCGCUCGUGAUGAGAAACGUGCGCCCGCAGGUAGUUAUGCUGGAACUGUGUACAUCGCGUGUGCAUAUACUAAAGUACGACGAAAAAACGCUGCUAGAGGAAGCGAAAGAGAUGAACCUGGCCAAAAUGCGUGCCAUCAUUCGGACAAAUGGAUCGAUCAAUGGGCUGUUCUAUAUACUGCUGCUAAGUAUGAACGCAAAGUUCACGAAGAAGCUCGGCAUGGCACCGGGCGGUGAGUUUCGGUGCGCGGUGAAGGAAGCGCAACAGAUUCCGAACUGCGUGAUACAUCUCGGCGAUCGGCAGAUCAAGGUAACGCUUCACCGUGCCCUGCGUGGACUUUCUCUGUGGCAAACGAUCAAGCUGAUACCGAAGCUGCUGUUCAUCGACGAUGACAUCAGCAUCGAGGAGGUGGAACAGUGCAAGCGGAAAGAUUUGUUGGAGGAGAUAAUGCUUGAAAUGGCCGACGAGUUUCCAGCUUUCGGGCGCGUGUUCAUCGACGAGCGGGAUCUCUUUCUGUGCCAUUCGUUGCAGAUGGCGGCAUUGCCACAGAUGAACCCGGUCGAUGGUCGUCCCGAACCGGUCCGAGUGGUGGGCGUGGUAGGAAUUGGGCAUGCGGCCGGUAUUGCUAAGCACUGGGGGAAGGUCGACAAAAGCCAAAUUGAAUCGAUCAUAACGAUUCCCCCGGCUAGCUUUGGCCAUCGUAUGGUGAAGUACACCUUUAAGUAUGGUUUGCUGGGUCUUGCUGCUUACGGUGUGUUCCGAUUCGCCCGGCCACGAUUGGGUCGAAUUUUCCUUUGA